AUGUCAGGAAAGAAGAGGUUAAAUGGUUUUUCUCGUACUCAAAUGAGCUAUAGAGCACGACAUUAUGAAAGAGAUUAUGGUGAUGAAGAUAAAAUUUCAAAAGUAGAGGAAAUUAGCAGGGCUUUUGCAAUGAUGACUUGUAUCAAUAGCAACUUUCAACUUAAGAUGAUAGAAUCCUCUGCUUUCAGAGAAUUCUUUGGACAUCUUAGCCCACGUUUCCAACUGGAUACGCUUGAGUCUCUUAAAGCUGAUUGCUUGAAAAUCUACAGGGAAGAGGGAAGGAAAAUUAAGGAGAUCUUGAGAAAUCGGGAUGGACAGGUAAGUCUGUCAUUUGAGAAAUUGAAAAGUCGGGAUAGAAAUUGCUACAUGUGCCUAGCUGCUCAUUUCCUUGAUGAUACUUGGAAAAUGAAUAGGUGGGUUCUCUUAGUUUGGAGUGCUACUAGUUAUAACCUAUUAGUUCCUGUUCUGAAGUCUCUUAACUAUUGGGAGAUUGAGGAAAAGAUUUCCAGUAUCACGUUCAAAACUGAUAUUGAUAUUGAUGAAACAGUUGAUAAAGUUAAAGAUCACAUUCAGAAAAAGAAGGAACUCUGGCUUAAUGGUCGUUUAUUUCAUGUUUGUUGUUGGACUGAUUUGAUUAAUUCAAUGGCGUGGGAGGCAUUUGAUCAUAUAUCAGAUACCAUUGACAAAAUUGACGAGUUUGUAAAUUCAGCAGUUCUGGAUUCAUAUGAUCAACAUAAUGCAACUAAUCAGACGCAACUAAAGACUGACAAUGUCCAUGAUUGUAUCAAUCGGGGGAGGACAUUACCUCACUGGCACCUCAAUUACUCGAGGUUAAAGGAGGCUUUGGAGUUGCAUUCUCCAGGAGAUUUUUCUUUGCAAAAUGUACCUCAUAAUUAUCUGCUAUCUGCUGAUGAGUGGAAGAAAGUUGAAGUUAUUUGCAAACUUGUGGAUAAGUUAAAGAACAUCGAAAGAAUUCUUUUUGAAAGCAAGUAUAUAAAUGCGAGCAUCUUAUUGAGUAACCUUCUGGAACUUCAUGUGAGUUUGAGAUACGAGGCUUCAACUGCAGAUAGUUCCAGUAGUGUGAUAUUUACAAAAAUGCUUCAAAAGUUGGAUAACUAUGGGAAGGAUUCAUUUCUAGUGCUAGCUGUUGCAACAGUAAUGGACCCUCGAUGUAAAAUGAUGUACAUAGAGUACUUGUCAUCAAAGUUUUCCAUAGGUGAUUGCAACUUACAGCUUUCGACUGUUUCAGAGGUGGUGCAUGUCCUUUAUGAUAAUUAUGCUACCAGUACUCCUCAACAACAGGCGGAUUCCACGAGUGAUUCAGAUUAUUACUACUGUGAUACAGAUACUUCAGAGUCUGAAAAGGAGGAUUAUCCCAGCAAGAAAAGGAAGGCAGGGAUUUCAAAAGGCGAAGUAGAAGGAUAUGAAAAUUUAGAGAAUACAAAGAAGGAGAUACCAAAUCACGACCAGGAAGAAAAAAAUAACCCAAAGAAAAGAGAGGAGGUAAUUACCAAAAGUCAAGAGGAAGGAAAAAAUAACAUGAAGAGUCAUUUACACGGCUACCUACAAUUUGUUCAAUCUACCAUUUGGCCUCCAAAAUCUGACCUGGAACGGUACCUUGGCGAACCUGUCCUACCAUGGAGCCAAGAAUUGAACUUACUGGAUUGGUGGAAAGCGGCAAGUCCAAAAUAUCCCGUUCUAUGUAAGGUGGCUCGUGAUGUUUUGUCCAUUCUUUUAUCUUCCUCUGAUGCAUUGUUCACUGAAGAAAGAAAGGUGGACAGUCGCAUAACAUCCCAUGGACCAGCUCUGGUGAAUGCCUUGAUUUGUGUCCGGAGUUGGCUCUCAAAUAACUGA